AUGGCCGAGCGUCGGCGAAUAGAGGCUCAUGCAAGAGCUCGGACCGAAUCACAGCCACCAACGGCUGCCACUCGCUUACCCACACUAAAGACGCGGAGCGCCUCGCAGCCUGCCGAGCGGAAGGAGCAGGUGCAGAAUGAUGAAAUCUUCAGCAUCAUGGUCAAGAGGCAAAUGCAGAUGCGAAAGGACCUCGCGCAAUUGCGGACUCCAGUGGCACUGCCGAGGCUAGACGGAAAGCCUCCGCCGAACCACCAGGAACAAGCUGCUCAGCUCAUCGCCUCAAUGGCAGAAGCGGUGUCCAACUAUGGCCAACUGAAGCGCCAGAAGGGUGAGGCCCGGAGCUCGCCGGACAUCAACCACUGGCCUUCACUAGUACAACAAGCUGCGGCUGCCGCAGUGUCAGCGCAGCAGGCCGAAAGCACAGGUGCUCCAGACAUGCGGAGGGGUCUUUCCAAAAGCUCCCUUGCUUCAAACUCGGAGGAGACGCAUUUGACGCCCUUUGAAAGUGUGGUCCUAGAACGCCGCAAAGCCCGUGCAGCGCGCGCGGAGCGGGAACGGGAGCGGUGGCAGGAGGCAGCACUUCCAAAGCAAGACGCGGAGACCAUUGACAGUGCCAGGCCGCCAACUCCCUCCUACCCUUCGCCAUUCAAAGAGCAGCCGGCGCCGCCGCCCAUGCCGCCGGAGUGGAGCAAGGGCCUUUGGGAGCAGCGGAAGCGCGAGCUCGCGGAGGAACGCCGGAAGCGUGAGGCCGAACGCGACCACGGCUCGCCGCCACCGGUGCCGCCGCGCGUGCCACGGGGCGGUGCACCGGUGCACGGCACGCACCGGGCUCACGUGCCGCCCGAGGAUGUACCAGCCCCCUGGCGACCCUGGCGAUGUCCCAUCUUCCCCACCUGGACGAAGCCAGAGGGCCGACCCGAGCCCGUGGAUUCGCCCUGUACGGGGCCGUCAGCAGGCCCACCUGCUGGAAGAGCACCCUGGAACUGGGGCAGCAACCUCUUUGGAAGUAGCAAGGUCAAGCCUUUGAUCGAGGCACAAUGCGAGAAAACAGCUCGACGAACGCAAGAGCUCAUUGCAGAGCUCGAAGCCCAGAUGGCCAAGACGCGGCCGUUGCCGUUAGAGGAGCGCAAGAGAGUCUUCAAGGACCUUCAGCGCCGAUUUCACCCAGAUAAGAAUCUAUUGGAAGAAGAAUCUGCGACCCUUGCUUUUCAACAUCUCAUGGAUAGCCGCCAUACCUAUUUACACGCGGCAUAG